UUUUUGCCAUCUGCCCUCAGUCGCGUCCUAGCCACCCCAGUGUCUGGACCCCUAGCGAUGGCCGGGGCGAGCUCUGUGCUGGAGUCUUAUCACGCUCGUGGAACUUUAGCUGCCCGUCACACCCUUCUCUCCCUGGUGGUGUUCGUGGCGGCGUUCCUGCUGCAAGGAUGUGUCGCACAGUCCAGCAGAGAUGACAUCACACGCCAAGAAGUGUUUGUUGGUGACAACAUUACACUCAACUGUCUUGCAAAGCCAAAUCAACUUAUUUCAUACCGAUGGGUGUACGUGCGGCUGGGCACCAACCGGCCACAAGUCUUGUCAAGAGGUCGGAGACUGGAUGUUCAGGAACCUCGGUUUUCUCUGAAGUCUCGGGUGGAAAAUGGCAGAGUGAACCUGGAGCUGACACUGUCCGACGUGCGUUCCCAUGAGUCCGGGCUGUUCAUGUGCUGGCGACAGGGACAGAAGCCUGACCCUCAGGUGGUGGUGACCGUCCUGGAACAUGGCAGUCAGUCUGAGCGGCAGAGUAUCACACGCACGGAGAGUCCCAAGACUGUUCAGUACGGGGAGUCGGCCACAUUUUCAUGCUUCAUAAAACCUGCUUGGCCUAUCAGAGUGUCUUGGCUGAAAGAUGGCAGGUUCAUAUCCUUGAGGGACCGUUUGUACACCCAGACCAAGAGGCAACUACGAGGAAACCCUCAGGCGCAGGAUCAGGAUGCAAGGGACGACCAGCUUGUGGCCUCCCUGUUUGUGGCCUCGGUUAGGAGGGACGCAACCUUUACUUGCCGCAUCGAAACAAAUCCCCCAGAUGAACAAAACAUGCCCAUCACUGUAAGAGUUCCCCGUGUGGAGUCCUUGACAGCGGAGCCAAAUGAGGAUGUUGUGGAAUAUGGCCAGCCUCUCUCCCUCGCCUGCACCAUAUCUGGCUCCAAUAAUGAGGUUGUUUGGCUGAAGGAUGGGUCAGAACUCCUGUUUGGCCCAGACUUUCCUGGACGACGGAAGCAGUCCGUCGUGCAGGCGCCCAACAGACUGGUGUCCACGGUUCAUUUCAAGGCCAUGUCCUUUGCUGACAAUGGCCAGUAUGUGUGUUACAUCCCGGGGGCAUCAAGUAACAUCCUCAUCAACAUUGAAGGCCGUUCUCCUCGCCUUCUUGGAAUAGCUGGGGGUAACUUCUUUGAGGAUGAGGACCUGACCUUGAGGUGCACCACUCAGUACACCCGGAACGCUGGGACCCGGCAAGAAGUCAGUUGGACCUUUGAGGGAGCGGUGUUGGACCCGAGUUCGUACGAGUCGCUGACCUACGCAGGGGAGCACAACACCACCAUCCACCAACUCUCCCUCUCCCGCGCCUCAGCCAGGAACAUUGGCACAUACCAGUGCAUCACACCCUAUGGCUCCAAGCAGAUAGCUGUGGAGAUGUAUAUUCCUCCGUCCCUGAAAGAACCGCUUCCUUCUGAGGUCCCCUUCACGGAGAAUGAAUUUUUCCGGCUGCCUUGUCACACCACUGGCUAUCCUGAACCCUCAGUCCACUGGGAGAGGAAAAAAGGCAGUGAGUGGGUGCCCGUGGAAGGCGGUACAGGAGCCGGCAGUGCAGAGCUUGUUUUCCCCCGAGCCUCUGUGGGUGAUGCCGGCGCCUACCGCUGCGUGGCCAAGAGUGAGGCCGGAUCCUUCCUGGCUGAGGUGGCAGCUGUUGUGGGGCGAGUGGAUCCAGAAAUUCUGGAGAUUGUGGCUCCUGAGUCCGUAGCCGUUGGGGACAACUUCACCGUCCAGUGCACUCUGCGCAACUGGGAGGGUGAGGUAGAAUUCACACUGAAUGGAGUGUCCUUGAUGUCAGCUUUGGCGGAGCGGUUUAAUGUGCUUCGCUACCCCAUGGAGGAGAAAUUAAUGGAGGCUUUCCUCAUUGUGCGGGAUUCCAUGCCUGAAGACAGUGGUCAGUACCAGUGCCGGGCUGGCUUGCAGGUGUCACCUCCAGCCCCUGUGCUGGUCAAAGAGCCUGAGCCUGAAGUGCUGGACCUGUCUGCCUCGCCGGUGGUCAUGGGCAGGGAGUUCAGUCUUAAAUGUGUCGUCACCAACUGGGAUGAGCCGGUAACAUUCGUCUUCAACAACAAGGUGGUAGAGCUUGAGGAGGAGGGUUGGCAGUACUCCAUGGUUGAGGGCGUCGAGGGUGAGGACACACCGCCGAGACGUAUCUUUACACACAUUCUCACGGUGCCAAGUGCCUCCGUCCUUCACAAUGGCCGGUAUGAGUGCUACACCGGCCCCUCUGCCUCCGCCUCAUUCAACGUCAAUGUUUGGGAUAUCCCUGAAGUGACCCUGGAGCUACAGAACGAGAGGCAACGCAACUGGAGGGACACGCCCACACCCAUGAACUGCAAGAUAAAGGGAGUCAGCCCAGACAUGGUGACAGUUGUGUUCUCGCAUGAAAGUUCGCCUCAAGUUUCAAUUGAAAACCGCACCAAGAUGUCAACCUCAAGCCAACUGGUGAAUGUUGCAGUGAGUGAGGGCAAGGAGGGGGACGAGCCUCACACAGUCUUCACCCUUGGCUUCUAUUCUCUAAGCAAGGACUUUGAGGGACUUUGGUCUUGUGAAGUUUUCCACCCAAGUGGGAUUUCUCUCAACAAAGACACCUUCCACCUGGAAAUUUAUGAGCCACCCAAGUUUGUAAAUGCUCCCCCCGAGGUAGUGUUUCAAGAGGAAGGUAAUGACUUGCGCCUCAACUGUUCCGUGUCUGGCCCGCCGGACACCAUGGUGGCCUGGUACCGGCAAGGCAUCCAGGAGCCCAUAGUGUUUGACCUGCUGAGUGCACUGUUGUUCAUCCCUCGCUUCACCACCACGGACGAGGGGCAGUACGUGUGUCGCGCCGCCUCGCAUGACCGGGAGAUCCUCACCACCACUCAUCUCAGGCUGGGAACCCCUCAGCCUUUGGUGGAGUCCAUGGUGGUGUCCCCAGCGGUGAUUGGGCAAGACUUCAAUGUAACCUGCACUUUCUCCAACUGGAACAGAGAGGUGCUGUUCUUCCACAACAGUGAGGCCGUGGACCUCCAGCCAGGCUCACGCUACUCGGUGCAGCAGCAGAGACCCGGCCCAGGGGCAGGACACACGAAUGCUGUGUCACACGUCCUGACAGUUGCCAAUGCUGCUGCCACAGACUCGGGUGUCAUGGAAUGUUUCCUCACCACAGACAUCUUUAGAAGCAUAGACAUUGCAGUCAAAGAGAGCCACACUUUGCUGCCGACACCUGUGACCAUAGAUGAGUUUGAGUUGCUGCAGCCAACCCUUCCAUCAGGUCGCAUUGUGGAGCUGACUGGCCCGGAGAGUGUGCUCGAGGGCGGGGAGUUGCUGCUCACCUGCCUUGUUAGUCCUGUGGUGCAGCAGGACAUCGUGCUUAUACAUAGCACCUCGUACCUCUAUGUUGGGAACAUAACACUGGUGGAGGACCCAAGAGUGGAAAUAUUGCCUGACGUGGCUAGUGAUGGCUCAAAGCUAAUCUAUCUGAGGAUUAGUGAUGUAAAGGAAAUGGAUGAAGGGACGUACCAGUGUGCCGCCUCCACUGAACCUCCAGCCUAUUCCUCUCUCACCGUCUCUGUUGUGGUGCCUCAGCGACACACUGAAUUGCCUCAGAUAUCCACUACAAACUUGCCAGAUACUCUACCCACAAAAGACAUUCCAGAACAGCUUGCAGCACUUCCAGGAGAUGACGUCACCUUCCACUGCUCUGUGCCAGCAGUGAUAGACUUUAAUGAGCCUCUGUCUCAGCGGCAGCAUUACAUAUCCUGGAAUCGAAUGGUUCACCGUGUGCCAGAAAUCAUUGUUGAUAACAAUGAAAUUGUCCACCUUGAGGCUGAUCGCAUGACUGUGAACUAUGCUGUGGACAAGGACACAGGAAUGACCACAUAUGACUUGACCUUGAAGAGGGUGGAGGCAGCAGACUCUGGGAAGUACGUUUGUUCCUCCACGAGGAGGCUUGCCGUGGAUUAUGAGGACUCCAAAACCUACCAUCUCAGUGUGGAAGCCCCAGGGAGCUGCGAGUUUCCCUCCGACUGGCUGGGCCAGUGGUACGACACCAAGUACCGGCAGGUGUCAGACAUCGCAUUUCAAGAGUUUAAGCGAUCAUCCUGUUUGCUGAAAUCAGGAGGGAACUUUAUCAUACAACACAACCGAAGACAGUGCUACCGCUGUGUUUACUUCUCCCAGAGACACCAGAAUCUGCUCCAGUACAAAAUCUCUAAAUGCAAGAAGAAGCUGGAAGUAGAUUCGCUGUGCUCCUCAACUGAAAAAAAUGACUUCAUAAAUCUUGUUCGGAUAGACACUAAGGCCGUGGGCUGCCCCUUCACUGGGCCACGCAAAUACUUGUUAGAGCUUCAGCAGCAGGCCUGCACAGAUGACCCAUCACUCAUAUCCUCCAGCACAGCUUCUCUCCUCAAGUUCCAGUACCCAACAUGCUGGGUGUUAAGGGAUCCAUCCAGGCCAGUGGCUGAAGAGUUUGAGUGUGUGGCUGACUGGUCUGAUGACACCACUCACUACCUCAUCACCAGGCUACUCACUAACUCAUCCAUGUACCUGGAGCAGAAGUACCGCUGCUUCACCUACACUCAUGAACAGGGUGGGGAGUAUGCUUACCUCAUGGGCCACAACAACGCCCCAUUAUGUGGUGAUAUAGGUGAAAGCUUUGCCUUGACAUACAAGAUUUCUGAACUCAUUGGGGAGUCACCGCUCUCAGUGACAGGGAAUGGAGUAAAAGACAUAAUAGUGCAGUCCUCCGAGGUGGUCGUCCUCCCCUGCAGAGCAUCUGUGCUGCUUGGCUCUGAGGACCCUUCCAAAAAAUAUAUGAUAACAUGGGUUCGAGAAGUCAGUGGUGGAACAGAGGUGGUUUCUCGUGAUGAUUUCUUGGCCAUGGGGCACGACAGAUACACAUUGGACAUUGCCACACUCAGACCAGGGAACACCUCAAAGUAUGACUUGAUCAUUGCUAAUGCCCAGCCCAGUGAUGCAGGAACAUACCAUUGCUUGCUGAGGAACCGUAAAGGAGGAGGGCAGGGAGUCUCUCACAACCUCUCCUUGACUGUAGAGGAGUCUCCAAAGUUUGAGAAGUGUGCGCUACCAGUGCACUGGAGUGGUGAGUGGUGGACGAAGGACGGUGACAUCCCUAUUGGGGGCGGCAUCUUUGGGGAGAUUGUGUGUGACAUGGCACUGGGAGACAAGUACUUCAUGAGAGGCCCUACUUGUAACAUGUGCUACAUGAUCAAAGAGACUCACUUCAACCUCCUUCAUUUUAAGAAAUCUCCAUGUGAAAGGAAUGAGGACCUGAACUCUCUGUGUAGCAUGGUGGAAGAGCAGCCCCGCGAGGCAUUGAUCAGGAAGGACGUAGGGAUUACUUGUCCCUUCCCUGGCUCCCGGUCCUUCGUGUAUGAGCAGCCUCACGAUACCUGUGAAGAAACUCAUUCUCAGCUGCUCUCCAAUGGCACGCAACUCCACUUCCUGUAUAACCAAUGCCAUUCUCCGAGAGACUCAGGCUUUGCAUCUACUCUUGUUCAGUGUGUGGCAAUAUGGAGUGAAGGCUCCACUCACUACCUCAUGGGAAAAGUUGCACACGAUGAAGGAGGUUAUCAGUGCUUCACAUUUGAGGAGGCCAUGAACCAGGACCACCUGUUCACCAUGGGCCGGGCAGAGACGGAGGUGUGCAGAGACCUGGCAGCCAGCGAGGCCAACACACUUUACCAAAUAUUUGGAGAAUCGAAAGCUCCUGAAGCACCCAUUAUUGAGGGCGACGAGGCCAGCAGACAAGUGUUGCUCGGGGAUGCCGUCACACUUACCUGCUCUUGUAGAGGAGGAGUUCCUCCCCCAACCUUGAGAUGGUACAGGGUUGUGGAUGGGUCCAGGAAGGAGCUGCCAUCAGAAAAACUCGUGUAUGAAGGCUUCACCAGGGCUGAGCUACACAUCAAAGUUGAUGCUUCAGACAAAAAUGCAGAAUACUUCUGUGAAGCUUCAAACUUUGCCACAGAGGCUCCACUGAAUGCCAGCACCACUCUCACCUUCCUCAGGGAUUAUGCCAGCAUGAUGCUGCAGCAAGUUGUGGUAGUGGAAUACCAACCUGCCUUCCUGCCCUGUGUCCAGACCCUUGAGGAUGACCUGGAGAUGUCGUGGUUUGAUGCAGACCUGGAGCUGAAAAUUACCUCAGGCAAUGAAUCAGAAAUCCAGGAUCCCAACAUUGUCCCGUACAUCCACGACGGUGUGAUGGGCCUGAUGAUCACGUCAAGUUUUCUGGACACCACUUACAGCUGCUCCAUCAACAAUGUUACGCUGGGCAGUACAACAUUGAUCAUCUACCCAAAAUACUUGGUUUUAGAAGAGUCUGAAGUUGCAGAUCCCUUGAAGUAUUUUGUGUCCUCAAGAACUGAAGUGCAGCCUCCUCUGAGCCAUCCUGCCACACUAGACUGCUCCGUGGCUAGCAAUGUGACCUCCUCUCUGGUUAGCUGGUGGCGGUAUCCAGGGACUACACUUUUGACACAAGGCAGCAUUAACUUUGCUGAGCAGGAUGGAUACAAGUUGGACGUCUCCAAUAACUCUUACCUGCUCACUGUCCCUAAUGCUACUCUCAAGCAUUCUGGAUUGUACAUCUGUCAAGUUGCUCUCAAUGAAGUGGAGUUAUACAGGAGAAAUUUUUCUAUUAAUGUUGAAGGAUUACUAACAACCCAGCUUGGUGAAAAUGUUUCCAUCAGUUGCUACUCACCGAAAGGAAAAAAUGUGAAUUUCCUAUACAAUGGGAAGGAAUUAAUGGUGUCAGAUGAGAACACAACCAACAAGUAUGUUUUGGAGAUAUCCGAGUCAGAUGACGAGGGAGCGGUGUUCACGCUGACGGUGACUGACGUGAUGGAGGAGGACUGUGGCGUGUACACUUGUGUCAGCGCUGAACACCCAGACCACGUGUUGCAGGAGACAUCAGUGUCCAUCUUAGGAGAAGUAACGUCUUUAAUAACAACUUCAACUCUGAGGACAACAACCACAUCUUUAAUAACAACUUCAACUCUGAGGACAACAACCCAAGAAAGUACAACACUGGCAACGACAAAGAUGCCAAGUACAGUGACAGAAAGUACAACACCCCAUGAUUAUGAUUACUAUCCUGUAGACUACAAAGACAUGGAUGAUCCUGAAGUAACAGAGACAACAACAAUGAAGACUGUCCCCACAACUGAAGGAACAAGCUCUACAACAGCAACAAUACCACCCACAGAUACUGCAACCUCAAUUUACACAACAGCAGACCCUGUCACUACCACUCCCAUGCCCACAACGUUCUCAGUUCCUACCACGGCAAUCCCCACAACAACUCCCAUGACAACUACAACCACCACUACAACCACUACUACCAGCACCACCACCACCACCACCACCACAGAGCCACCAAUGUAUGAGGAAAUCACAUUGAGCUGCAAGGGAUAUGACUCAGAAUAUACCAUUUGGGAUUACAAUGGAAGGACUUUGUUCCUUGGCCCAAUUGAUAUGGCUGGGAUCCUGGGCACUUCACUCUCAAAUGAUGGGGACUUGGUGUUAAUUGCUGGGCCCUACCCCAACUUACGAGACAAUGACACCUACUCGUGUUAUUUUGAGUCCGAGGAGUCUGGGGAAGAGGAGCCCGCCCCAGUGCUUGUUGUUAUGUACCAUCUCACUUUAGUUAAUGAUGUUGCUAUGGUGGAUGAGAACCUUGUGGGUCCCCCCAAUGGCAUCCCUCUGCCUGAACCUGAGCCUGAGCCCAAGCCUGUGGUGACGCCAGAGCCACUGCCAGACUUUCAGUUCUCGGGCCUGAAGGAGGAAGAGGUAGCAAUCUUAGCAAAUUCUGAGAGGAUUGGCAACAACUUGAUGAAGAUCCUUCAAGAUGGUGGAUUAAAUGUCCGGCUACUGGACACACUGUGCCAGCCACCCAACAGCACCCGUGGCUGGCAGGCAGCAAAGACAGCGCAGGAGGUGUGUGAGGAUGAGGCACGAAGCACAGGAGACCUAGGGCCCACCCAGAGUGUCUUCAUAGGCAUCGACUUCUUUGUGGAGGUUGUCAAAUCAAGCUGGUUUGCAGUGACGCAGUUAUAUGUGAACAACAUCAAAUUUAAUGUGUCUAUGAAUGUCUUUGCUCCUAUGUCUCCUGUCCCCAGCAGCAACAUCAUUCCAAGUUAUUUAGGUUAUGAACCACCCCAGAUAGAGGUAACUGAAUCAUGGUGGAACACUGUGCAGGGUGUGGACAACCCCUUUAGCAAUAGUCUUUUAGCCACGAUACACGUCCUGCAGGAGUCCUACCUCAACUCAUUAAAGGAAAACGGUGCAUUUUAAAAUAAGGAGAGAGGUGUUAUAAUUGUCACCUGUUUAGGGUGAAGGGUGGAAGGAUUCAUCAGUAUUAGAACAAUUUUGUAUUUCAAAAAGAAAAAAAGUAUGAUUUAUGUAUGUAUGGAGCAGGGGAAAGGCAUGACUUUUUAUAAUAAUAUAUGUGAGUAAGAACUACAA